CGGGACAGGAGAUGCUGCGCAAAGAUGUCAGACUAACAGAGGGAAAUCUGUACAGGAGCAAAGGGAUCUGCUGAGGGAGACAGAAGUUUUGGGAUCACAGCUAAAGACGUCACGAGAGGAACUGGACAAGAGCCACGUACAAAUAAACGGCACACCAUAACUCAACAAACCGAGUGUGUUCAUGUUUACGUGUUGUGUGCAUGUUCAGGCAAAGAAGUUGCAAAGUGAACUGUGUCAGUCAGAGGCCAGGAGGGAGGAGGCAGAGAGGACGGCAGCGGAGAAGGGGAUGAGACUGACCGAUGUAGCCAAUCAGAUGGAAGAAACCAGGAGGGAAAACAAGAGCCUCAGCACCCAGGUGAAGGAGCUGCAAAGUAAAGUGACCGGCCUGCUGAGGGAGAAGAGUAAUGCUCUGUUACUAAAGACACAGAUAGAAGAACAGUACAACAUCCUCACAGCCCAGCUGAAGGCCAAGACGGUGGCUCUUGGCGAGUUGAACUCCGAGUACAUCACUUUAAAAAGGGGACUGGGCAUCAGGCAUGAUGAUGCUCUCAUGUCUGUCCGCACGCGCUACAACGACAUCAGAGCUAAGUAUGAUGCACUCCUGAAGAAGAGGAGCCUGACAGAUCUGGAUUUGGCUCCUUUAAAGGCCAAGGUGUCAUGUCUGGUGGUGAAGUGUCAGGAGAGGAACAACUUCUUAGCUAAGAUGAUGAAAACCAUGCACAGACACGGCUGCGCGGACUCCACACUCAAACAGCAGGUGGAGCUGCUGCUCAGUGACGCUGCUCUGCGGGACUACACUGCAGCAUUCGCACCGGGAGGCAGCGUAACCACUGGGGAUUACAGUGCUGGGUUUACACCAAGAUUUAUCUCAACGUUUAUUCAUUCAGACUGCCCCACUGGAUCCAUACGUAAUCAGAACUGUCCCGCUGUUCUCUCACCUGCAAUUGAACUAACAAAUAAUGGACUCACACCGGAAGCUGGAGGAAAAUGCAGAGACUUCAAAAGUGACGAACAAGUUCCUAUAUCCACUGCAUCAUCAACAAAUAUUCAAGACUGCAGGAGUGAAGUCACACGUGCAGCAACAGGAACACCGAAGAGAAAUGCCAGCUCACCUGUGCAGCAGAAACCCAGUGUCGAAGCUACAGCAGCACUUAAAGAGAGCUCGAUUAUGAAUACUGCAAAGAUGGGUUUACAGGGAUUGCAGUCCUCACAGCUGUCUCUGUCCAGCAGUGGACUGAUCCAAGCAACCGGUGGUCCAGAGACAUUUGGAUUUCAUCCGUCAGACGUGAGAGGGAAGUCGUCCCCAGAUCUGACCAGUUCAACCCGGUCCUCCCUGAGUUCCACUCCUCCUCCCUCCUCCGGCACGCCCAGAAGGCUGAGCAGCCCCGAGAAGAUCAUCAACCUCCAUGAGCAACUGCAGAGGACUCUGAUGAGCAGCUAUCAGGCUCCAGUGAGCAGAGGACGAAGACAGGAGCCCAGGAAAAGUCUCUCAUUUUCAGCUCCUGCAGACCUGAAUCUGACCUGUCAGACAAACAGGCUCAGCUUCAAUAAGCCACACAUCAACUCUCUCCCAGUCACCGCUGCCUCAAACCAAACUACACACGCUGGAAUAACAAUUAAACCUGCGACAACGCUUUUUAAUGCAGUCGCUUCUAGAUCUGCUCAUUUUUCAUUCAGCCCCAGCAUCUUUACUCACCAUCACUUCAAAGCAUCUGCUCUUUCCGGCUCAUCUAAUGAAAGUAAAUCCCCCUCACACAGUGGCACUGACAUGACAGUUUCCCCAGACAUGACAGAGAAACUCCCUGCUGUCCCGAACACAUUUGAGACAACAACUCACACAACUCCUCUAACUCUUGGGACCAAUAGCUUUGACUCCAAUGUCUCAAUAUGUGCUGACACUAAUCUGAAAAGCACUGCCUCAGACACGACUGCUCCUGGAAAAUCAACUGCCCCUGAAAGUAAUAUUCUUAUUGGUGUUGCCCCUGCUGAACGUGACGGACCCGUCUUCUCUGCAUCCUGGACCCAGUCUGGUCGACGCUCUCCAGAGAGACCCAACAGGUCUGCCAGGAAGUCCACUGCUGCUGGAGAUCAGACAAAAUCAGCAAGACCCAGACCAGACGCUCCAGCAGAGGUUCGCUCUGUUGAGGUCAUCAAAACCGUGGGCCAGAGCAGCCUCAUGAUUGGCUGGGAGAGGCCGUCACUAGACGAGCUGGGCUGCAGUAACGGCACGUUUGUGUACGGAUACAGGUUGCUUAUAGAUGGGGACUUCCACAAAUCUGUCAUGAGCUCGGCGUGCACCAAGUGCAUCGCGGAGAACGUCGACCUGAGCGUCCCGAUCCACAUCAGCGUCCAAACGCUGGGAUCGAACGGUCUGAGUUCAAACAGUGUCCACACCGUGUUCAGGAAGGACCAGCACUGACCGACUGCACCACCUCACACUGUGUGUCCCUUUACAUCACAACACACAAUCUCAGUGAAAAUCCCCUUCACCAGGAGUCGAGGUGUGAACGCCAUCUAUAUCUGCAGCCCUCUGAGGAGCUGUCCUAACCUCCACCUCAGCUGAGACGGCGUCACACUCCCCAGAUAACCUCUCCAUGUGAGGCUCAGGUCGACCAAUCAGAAAACCUCUCCCCACGUGCUCUUUACCCAUGAGCGUGUGAGCGACCUGUGACCCGCCAGCGAACCUCAAAACCAAGAACUGAAGAUGUCAAACUAAAAACAGCGCUGAAAGUGAACCUGCCUGUAAAAGCAGAUGAAGACUGGCUACUUCCUUUUCUCGUAGGGAAGAACUUCCUGUUUCAGAGACCCCACCCCCUGGAGUCACCUCAUGAACGGAGCGGACACUGUGGCGGCCACGUGAAAGGCCAGAGCUGCUGCCAAUCAAAGCAAAUGUUUUUAAAUGCAAAGCUCAAUCUCAUCGUUGAACAGCUGACUGUUACACUCACUACCACUAGAGGAACAUCUGCUUCUGCUGCUCGUUUUUUACACUGUGUUAACCUGCGACUGAUCCCGGGUCAGAUACCGUAGCUUCAUCCCCGCUGCUGCCUCUCUGGACUGUGAAACAGCUCAACGGUUGCUACUGUCUUUUUUAAAAGCAACACUUACUGUAUAAUGUGCUCACACAACAUUCUACCAAUUUGUCAUUUUCACUGGAUUUUUACACACGAAGCCAAAUAUGACAAAAGAUGAUUCACUCCAAAGACUCAUCCGCCUCCGUCUCCUCACAGAUCUGCAGGAUUUCUUUAAAACACAGAAGCUAGAUGUUAUUUUACUUAUUAAAAUUUGCACAUAAUCAUUAAUUGAAAAAAAAAAUAGAUAACCACUGAUAUUUUUUGUAGAGAAUAUAACAAGAAGACAUGCCAAUGGUGCAUAUGAAAUGAUACCACCUAUGUGUUUUUGUAUGAGGGACACUGUUUUUCAUACCUAAUCGAUGUCACGUUUGCACGCUCAUAUUGAUUUUUCUUUUAUACAAACACACGUGAUGUUCUUUUGCUACUUCCUGUAUGUGUAUGGGUGUGGAGUGACCAUGCAAAUGUAUUUUUCUAUCAGUGAUUGAUUGAUAAUAUUGAUUCCCCCUUGAUUCCUUACAACUGUACAGAGAAUAAAUGUUUAUAUGAUAUUAAAUGGUAAAAGGUC